AUGUCUCCUGCCUCUCGAGCCGUCGCCGGCGGCCCCCAAUCCAACCCGGUCUGCAUCCGACAAGCCGUUGGGCCCGCCGACAUCGCAGCCGUGAGAGAGUGCUUCCAAGCUUACACGGAAUGGCUCAACGAGGACAUUUCCUUUCAAAACUACGCCGCUGAGCUCGACGGACUGCCGGGAAAGUAUGCACCCCCAUCCGGCGCCUUGCUGCUCGCCGUUAAUCCCUCCGACGACCGGGCCUUGGGCUGCAUCGCCAUGCGGCCGAUACAGCUCAAGCCCGAGUAUCUUUGCAAUCGCAAAGCCAAUGUCAAAGUGUGCGAGAUGAAGCGACUGUUUGUCUACCCCGAAGCCAGGGGGCGGCAGGUUGCGAGCGCAUUGGUUCAACAAGCCAUGGCAUUGGCGCGUCGGGCAGGUCAUGACGAGAUGGUGCUCGACACCAUGAUCAGAAUGCAGCCCGCCAUCAAGCUGUACGAGUCGCAAUGGUUUGCAGUAUCCGAGCCCUACUACUUCAAUCCUUUACCGGGAGUGGUUUAUUUCACGAGGAAUCUACGCCACGAAUCUCCAACGGGGACGUGA